ACACAUGGUACAUCCCAAUGCACCUUUUGAUCAUUCCAGCAGAAGCGACUGGCUGACUGUGUGUGAGAGAGUGUGUGUUGAACAACAUUUCGAGGUUUCUGCUGGAGUUGCGCUGUCCUGAUUUGAUCCGUGUCUGUAGUUCAACUCAUCCUGUGUCUGAACGGGGUCACGCAUGCCUUAAAACAAUGGGUUUUAAAGAGUUAUUAAUCUAACUCCGUUCAUCUGAAGUGUGCUGGUACUUCAAAGAGAAACACAGAAUAAAGCGCGAGAGGAUUCUUCACGAUGAGGCUCACCGCGGUGCUUUGUGGCAGUCUUCUAACUUUCAUGCUCCUCGUCGAAGCUGUUUUAGGUGGCGCCGAAUGCUCAUGUGGAAGAAAUCACUUCACGUGUGCGGUCAGUGCGUUCGGUGAGUGCACGUGUAUCCCGGCGCAGUGGCAGUGUGAUGGUGACAAUGACUGCGGAGAUCACAGCGAUGAAGACGGCUGCAUAUUGCCCACAUGCUCACCGUUAGACUUUCACUGUGAUAAUGGAAAAUGCAUCCGACGCUCGUGGUUAUGCGAUGGAGACAACGACUGUGAGGAUGACUCCGAUGAACAAGACUGUCCUCCACGAGAAUGUGAGGAGGAUGAGUUUCAUUGUCAAAAUGGAUACUGUAUCCGGAGCCUGUGGUACUGUGAUGGAGACAAUGACUGUGGAGAUAACAGUGACGAGCAGUGCGAUAAGAGGAAGUGCUCUGAUAAAGAGUUCCGCUGCUCUGACGGAAGCUGCAUCGCAGAACACUGGUACUGUGAUGGAGACACCGACUGCAAAGAUGGAACUGAUGAAGAGAAUUGCCCAUCUGACGUGAUGACGGCCACAUGCAGUGUUGAGGAGUUUCAGUGUGCAUACGGCCGCUGCAUUCUGGACAUCUACCACUGCGAUGGAGAUGACGACUGCGGGGACUGGUCUGAUGAGUCGGACUGCUCCUCCCACCAGCCCUGUCGUUCUGCAGAGUUCAUGUGCAGCAGUGGCAUGUGUAUCAAUGCAGGCUGGAGGUGUGACGGAGAAUUCGACUGCGAUGACCAGUCAGAUGAAAAGAACUGCAGUACGUCGAUGUGCAUGGCUGAUCAGUUUCGCUGUACGUCUGGUCGAUGUGUGCGGCUGUCCUGGCGCUGUGAUGGGGAGGAUGACUGCUCUGAUAACAGUGAUGAAGAAGGCUGUGAAAAGACAGAAACUCCUCCAUGUGCGUCGGAUCAGUUCCUGUGUGGAAAUGGGCGCUGUAUUGGCCAGCGUAAGGUUUGUAAUGAUGUCAAGGACUGUGAAGACGGGACGGAUGAGCAUCCACACCAGGACUGUCGCUCCAAGUCGAGUGAAGAGAACUGCAGUGUGAACAAUGGAGGCUGCUCGCAGAAAUGCCAGAUGUCUCGAGGUCUGGUGCAGUGCACUUGUCACACCGGCUACACAUUAACACAGGACGGGAAGACAUGCAGAGAUGUUGAUGAGUGUGCAGAUGAAGGUUAUUGUAGUCAAGGCUGUACCAACAUAGAAGGAGGAUUUCACUGCUGGUGUGUGCAAGGUUACGAGCUUCGACCCGACAAACGCAGCUGCAAAGCUUUGGGACCAGAACCGGUUUUGUUGUUUGCGAAUCGGAUUGAUAUCCGUCAGGUUCUGCCGCACCGCUCAGAGUACACGCUGUUACUGAAUAAUCUGGAAAACGCCAUCGCACUGGACUUCCAUCACAGCGAAGAGCUGGUGUUCUGGUCAGACGUGACACUGGACCGCAUCAUGAGAGCCAGUCUGAACGGUAGUAAUGUGGAGGAGGUCGUGUCCACGGGUCUCGAGAGCCCAGGUGGUCUGGCCAUAGACUGGAUUCAUAAUAAGCUCUACUGGACUGACUCAGGGACGUCUCGAAUCGAAGUGGCCAAUCUGGACGGCACGCAGCGUAAAGUGCUUUUAUGGCAGAGGAUGGAGAAACCCCGGGCCAUCGCGGUGCACCCCAUGGAAGGGAAGAUUUACUGGACCGAUUGGGGAAAUAUGCCAUGCAUUGAAUAUGCCAACAUGGAUGGCUCUAAUCGCAAAAUAAUUGCGGAUACACACCUCUUCUGGCCAAAUGGACUCACCAUUGACUACGCCAGUCACCGUAUGUACUGGGUGGACGCCAAACACCACGUCAUUGAAAGAGCUGACCUGGAUGGGAAGAACAGAAAGGCUGUCAUCAGCCAAGGUCUUCCACAUCCUUUUGCCAUCACCGUGUUUGAAGACAGUCUGUACUGGACCGACUGGCACACCAAGAGUAUCAACAGUGCAAACAAGUUUACUGGCAAGAACCAAGAGGUCAUCCGAAACAAGCUGCACUUCCCCAUGGACAUCCACACCCUGCACCCACAGAGACAACCAGCAGGUGGGAGAAACCGGUGCGGGAGCAAUAAUGGAGGCUGCAGUCACCUGUGUCUUCCAAGUAAUAAGACCUAUACCUGUGCGUGUCCUACUGGCUUUAAAAAGGUGGACCACUAUAACUGUGCCCAGAGUCUUGACAAGUUCCUGCUUUUUACCCGAAGGACGGACAUCCGUCGAAUCAGCUUUGACAGUGAAGACAAGCUGGACGACGUCAUUCCACUGGCUGAUAUUCGAAACGCAGUGGCCCUGGACUGGGACUCUAGUGAGCGUUAUAUAUACUGGACUGAUGUCACCACUGAUUCCAUCAACAGAGCGAAAUGGGAUGGAAGCAAACAGGAGGUUGUGGUGGACACCAGUUUGGAAAGCCCUGCAGGUCUAGCCAUCGAUUGGCUUACACACAAACUAUACUGGACUGAUGCAGGCACAGAUCGGAUUGAAGUUUCAAACACGGAUGGAAGCAUGCGCACAGUUCUGAUCUGGGAGAACCUCGACCGUCCCCGGGACAUUGUCGUUGACCCGAUCGGAGGAUUCAUGUACUGGACAGACUGGGGUGCCAAUCCUAAGAUUGAGCGCGCUGGAAUGGACGCAUCCAACCGUACAGUUAUCAUCUCAACAAACCUGACCUGGCCUAAUGGAUUGGCAAUAGACUAUAGUACUGAGCGGCUGUACUGGGCCGAUGCUAGCAUUAAGACCAUUGAGUAUGGCAACUUCGAUGGAUCAGGCAGACAGGUGUUGAUUGGCAGUCAGUUGCCUCAUCCGUUUGGGUUGACGCUCCAUGAAGACAGAAUUUAUUGGACCGACUGGCAAUCCAAGAGCAUCCAAAGUGCAGACAAGCUCACUGGUUUGGACCGAAGGACUCUUGCAGAAAACCUUGAAAACCUCAUGGACAUUCACAUGUUCCACCAUCACAGAACUACAGUCCAGACGCCCUGUUCGGUGAAUAAUGGUGGCUGCAGUCACCUCUGCCUCCUGGCUCCCGCUCCUAAAGCCUCAAGCUGUGCGUGUCCCACUGGUAUCAACCUUCAGGCGGAUGGCAAGACUUGCACUCACGCAAUGAGCAGCUUCCUGGUCUUUGCCCGGCGGACAGACGUCAGAAUGAUUUCUUUGGACAUCCCGUACUUUGCUGAUGUGGUUCUUCCAGUCACUGUGUCUAUGAAGAACACCAUUGCCAUUGGAGUGGAUGCAGUAGAAGGUAAAGUGUACUGGUCAGACAGUACAUUAAAGAAAAUCAGCAGAGCCAAUAUCAAUGGUUCAGAAUAUGAGGACAUCAUUUCAACUGGUCUGAUGACCACAGAUGGUCUAGCAGUGGAUUCAGUGGGCAGAAAAAUCUACUGGACGGACACAGGGACGAACCGCAUCGAGGUGGCUAAUCUCAACGGCUCCAUGAGAAAAGUGCUUGUGUGGCAGAACCUGGACAGCCCUCGGGCCAUCGCCCUGUUUCAUGAGAUGGGGUACAUGUACUGGACCGACUGGGGUGAGCAUGCCAAGCUGGAGCGCUCCAGUAUGGAUGGUUCAGAUCGUGUGGUUCUGAUCAAUAACAAUCUGGGCUGGCCUAAUGGACUGGCCGUGGACACAGCUGGAUCACAGCUGCUAUGGGCCGAUGCUCAUACUGAGCGGAUAGAAGCAUCUGAUCUGAAUGGUUCAAACCGGAGGACCCUGGUGUCCCCCGUCCAGCACCCGUACGGUCUCACCCUGCUGGGGCCGCACAUGUACUGGACAGACUGGCAGAGCCGCAGCAUUCACAGAGCGGACAAGGACACUGGAGCAAACACCAUCACCGUCCGCUCCAACUUACCCGGCCUCAUGGACAUCCAGGCUGUUGACCGGGCAAGAGCUUUGGGCUUCAAUAAAUGUGGCAGGAGAAACGGUGGCUGCUCUCACCUGUGUCUGCCGCGGCAUAAUGUGACGUCUUGUGCGUGUCCCACCGGUAUUCUGCUGAGAAGUGAUGGGAGGUCAUGUGACAAUUUGCCUGAAACAUUCCUGCUCUUUUCAAAUCGUGUCAGUGUUCGAAGAAUCUCUCUAGACACUAAUGACCACACAGACGUGACCGUGCCCGUGCCCGAGCUGCAUAAUGUGAUUUCUCUGGAUUAUGACAGUGUGGAGAGGAAACUCUACUACACGGAUGUGUCUCUGGAUGUUAUAAGGCGGGUGAAUUUAGACGGCAGCAGUAUGGAAACUGUGAUCAGUCAGGGUCUGAAGACGACUGAUGGACUUGCUGUUGACUGGGUGGCCCGUAACAUGUACUGGACAGACACUGGUCGUAACACCAUUGAAGUGGCUCACUUAGAUGGGACAUCUCGGAAAGUUCUGGUCAAUAGCAGUCUGGACGAACCAAGAGCCAUCGCUGUGUUUCCUAGCAAGGGGUUGAUGUUCUGGACAGAUUGGGGUCACAUUGCAAAGAUUGAGCGUGCUUACCUGGAUGGCACGGACAGGAAAGUCCUCAUCAACACCGAUCUGGGAUGGCCAAACGGCUUGACACUGGACUAUGACACCCGCAGGAUCUUUUGGGUGGAUGCACACUUGGACCGCAUAGAAAGUUCUGACUUGAAUGGCAAACUGCGUCAAAUUCUCAUCAGCCCUGUAUCACACCCGUUUGCCCUCACGCAGCAAGACCGUUGGAUUUACUGGACGGACUGGCAGACCAAGUCUAUUCAGCGAGUAGAUAAGCAUACAGGUCGUAGUAAGGAAACUGUGCUGGCUAAUGUAGAGGGCCUCAUGGACAUCAUAGUGGUGUCGCCACAAAGACAGACUGGAACGAAUCAUUGCGGAGUGAAUAACGGGGGCUGCACACACUUGUGUCUUGCACGGGGUAACAGUUUUGUGUGCGCAUGUCCAGAUGAUCCUGACGGCAGACCUUGCUCUACAAUCUCUGGUUACAUUCCCACGGCUCCUGAGAAAGACCCCAAAGGUACUCAAGCCCCCAAAAAACACCCCACGCAGAAACCUCACCAGGGCCUGUCAAGGGUCAAUUGCACAGAUGCAAGUCUCAAUCUGGAGGACUGCAUCCAGAACAAUGUGGUGUCUGCACCUCGUGACGAGAGCCCUCAUAUCAGCUACGUGAUUGGUGGAGCUCUGUCAAUACUGGCCAUCCUGAUACUCAUCGCUGCCUUCAUUAUUUACAGGCACAAAAAAUUCAAGUUUGCAGAUCCAGGAGUGAGCAACUUGACUUACAGCAACCCUUCAUACAGGACAUCAACACAGGAGGUUAAAAUAGAGACCGCACAGAAACCGGCAAUAAACAACCAGCUGCGGUAUAAAAAAGAGGUCCAGAGUGUUUGUGAUGCAGGCUACACUAAAGAGAAGAUCCGCAUCGUGGAAGGCGUGUGUCUGCUCUCUGGAGAGGAUCUUUACUGGGAAGACUUGAGACAGCUGAAGGUGUGUCGAGGAGCCGGGCUUCACGCCUGCAUGCGUACAGACACGGUCUCUCUACAGGCCAGCUCCGCCUCUCUGAACGACGGAGAGACCGAGCAGCUGCUGCAGGGCGACCAAUCAGAGUGCUCGAGUCUAAGCACCGCCCACGCCGUGACGGCUCCGCAUCACAGCACACAUCCCGACACCGGCUGGGUCCCCAACCGUAAAACCUCGACUGAGAGCGAAGUGUGAACUCCACUAACAAACACGGCAGGCAUAUAUGAGAGAACAGAGACUUCUGAGCAGAAAAAGGCUUGAAUACACACUGUCUUUAGAAGUUAAACAGGUAGGUAAGGACCAUAUAUAUACACACACACAUAUAUAUUAUAUAUAGUAGUGCUGUCAAACAAUUAAUCCAUAACAAAUCACAUCCAAUAUAAUAUAUUUUAUAAUAUAAUAAUAUAUGCAUGGAUACAGUGUUAUUUAUUAUGUAUAUGUGAAUACAAACACAUGCAUGUAUAUAUUUAAGAAAAAAGUUAGUUUUAUUUUUUGGAAUAUAUUUAAAGAGUUCAUUUGCAAAAACCGAUAACUCAAAUUAAGUUUUUUUUUUUUUAGUUUUUUAUAUUGCGCAUUCCAAUUAAUCUCAAUCAAAAAAAGUUAUUUUGAUUAGGUUAAAAAAUAACUAAGAAUUACAGCUAACUAACACAAUAAAAACAUGACAUAAUAAAAAAAAAAAGUUACCAGUUUU